GGGCGGGGCGCGGCGGCAUCUAGGCUCGGGCGGCCGGCCGGGGCGCACUCACUCACACGGAGCCGGGCCGGGAGCGCAGGCGGCGGCAGGAUGAACAGUAUCAAGAACGUGCCGGCGCGGGUGCUGAGCCGCAGGCCGGGCCACAGUCUGGAGGCGGAGCGGGAGCAGUUCGACAAGACCCAGGCCAUCAGCAUCAGUAAGGCCAUCAAUACCCAGGAGGCCCCCGUGAAGGAGAAGCAUGCCCGGCGCAUCAUUCUGGGCACUCACCACGAGAAGGGGGCCUUCACCUUCUGGUCCUAUGCCAUCGGCCUGCCGCUUCCCAGCAGCUCCAUCCUCAGCUGGAAAUUCUGCCAUGUCCUCCACAAGGUCCUUCGAGAUGGGCACCCCAACGUCCUGCAUGACUGCCAGCGGUACCGGAGCAACAUCCGGGAGAUUGGGGAGCUCUGGGGCCAUUUGCACGAUCGGUACGGACAGCUGGUCAAUGUUUACACCAAGCUCCUGCUGACCAAGAUCUCCUUCCACCUUAAGCACCCCCAGUUUCCUGCAGGCCUCGAGGUGUCAGAUGAGGUGUUGGAGAAGGCAGCUGGGACUGACAUCAACGACAUCUUCCAGCUCACCGUGGAGAUGUUCGAUUACAUGGACUGCGAGCUGAAACUGUCCGAAUCAGUUUUUCGGCAGCUCAACACAGCCAUUGCCGUGUCCCAGAUGUCCUCAGGCCAGUGCCGCCUGGCCCCCCUCAUCCAGGUCAUCCAGGACUGCAGCCACCUCUACCACUACACAGUCAAGCUCAUGUUCAGGCUGCACUCCUGUCUCCCGGCAGACACGCUGCAAGGCCACAGGGACCGCUUCCACGAGCAGUUUCACAGCCUCAGGAACUUCUUCCGCAGAGCGUCCGACAUGCUCUACUUCAAGCGCCUCAUCCAGAUCCCCCGGCUGCCCGAGGGACCCCCCAACUUCCUGCGGGCCUCGGCGCUGGCUGAGCACAUCAAGCCGGUGGUGGUGAUCCCCGAGGAGGCCCCCGAGGACGAGGAGCCCGAGAACCUCAUUGAGAUCAGCACGGGCCCCCCCGCCGGGGAGCCAGCAGUGGUGGCCGACCUCUUUGACCAGACGUUUGGACCCCCCAAUGGCUCCAUGAAGGACGACAGGGACCUCCAGAUCGAGACCUUGAAGAGAGAGGUGGAGACACUGCGGGCCGAGCUGGAGAAGAUCAAGCUGGAGGCCCAGCGGUACAUCUCCCAGCUGAAGGGCCAGGUGAACACGCUGGAGGCCGAGCUGGAGGAGCAGCGGAAGCAGAAGCAGAAGGCGCUGGUGGACAACGAGCAGCUCCGCCACGAGCUGGCCCAGCUGCGGGCAGCCCAGCUGGAGGGCCAGCGGAACCAGGGCCUGCGCGAAGAGGCCGAGAAGAAGGCCAGUGUCACAGAGGCGCGCUACACCAAGCUGAAGGAGCAGCACAGCAAGCUCAUCGCCACGCACGCUGAGCUGCUCAGGAAGAAUGCAGACACGGCCAAGCAGCUGACGGCCAAGCAGCAGAACCAGGAGGAGGUGGCACGAGUGAAGGAGCAACUGGCGUUCCAGAUGGAGCAGGUGAAGCGGGAGUCCGAGAUGAAGCUGGAGGAGCAGAGUGACCAGCUAGAGAAGCUCAGGAGGGAGCUGGAGGCCAAGUCCGGGGAGCUGGUGCGCGUGCAGCAGGACCUGAGCCGCACGGAGCAGAGCGGGUCGGAGCUGAGCUUGCGGCUGGACGUGCUGAGCGCAGAGAAGGAGGCGCUGAGCAGUGCGGUGCGGCAGCAGGAGGCCGCCCUGCAGGCCGCCCAGAGCCUGGUGCAGGAGAAGGAGGCCCUGCUCGGCCAGGAGCAGCAGCACCACGCCCAGGAGAGGGCCGAGCUGCAGGGGCGGCUGGCAGACAAGGAGUCCCGGGAGCAGGGGCUGCAGCAGAGGCUCCUGGACGAGCAGUUGGAGGUGCUGCGGCGCUCCGCCGCCGAGGCCGAGCGCAUCCUGCAGGACGCCGUGGGCACGCUGGACGACCCCCUGCACCUGCGCUGCACCAGCUCCCCGGACUACCUAGUGAGCAGGGCCCAGGCGGCCCUGGACGCCGUGAGCGCCCUGGAGACGGGCCACACCCAGUACCUGGCCUCCAGGUCAGAUGCUUCUGCCCUGGUGGCGGCCCUGACCCAGUUCUCCCACCUGGCUGCCGACACCAUCAUCAACGGCAGUGCCACCUCUCACCUGGCCCCCACCGACCCUGCCGACCGCCUGACGGACGCCUGCCGUGAGUGUGGGGCCCGGGCGCUGGAGCUCAUGGGGCAGCUGCAGGACCGGCAGGCUGUGCAGCAGGCCCAGCCCGACUGCGUGCGGGGACCCCUGCAGGGCAUCCUCCAGCUGGGCCAGGAGCUGAAGCCCAAGAGCCUGGACGUGCGUCAGGAGGAGCUGGGGGCCCUGGUGGACAAGGAGAUGGCAGCCACGUCCUCGGCCAUCGAGGAGGCCGUGCGGAGGAUCGAGCGGCUGCCCCAGCGGCCCCUUCCUCCCCUGCUGCCUCCUCCCAGCCGGCUCACGGCUCUGUCCUUGGUGCAGGACAUGAUGAACCAGGCCCGCCACGCCAGCUCGGGGGUGAAGCUGGAGGUGAACGAGAGGAUCCUCAACUCCUGCACAGACCUCAUGAAGGCCAUCCGGCUCCUGGUGACCACAUCCACCAGCCUGCAGAAGGAGAUUGUGGAGAGCGGCAGGGGGGCAGCCACGCAGCAGGAAUUUUACGCCAAGAACUCCAGGUGGACUGAAGGCCUCAUCUCCGCCUCCAAGGCCGUGGGCUGGGGAGCCACGCAGCUGGUGGAGUCGGCUGACAAGGUGGUGCUUCACACGGGCAAGUAUGAAGAGCUCAUCGUCUGCUCCCACGAGAUCGCGGCCAGCACGGCCCAGCUGGUGGCAGCCUCCAAGGUGAAGGCCAACAAGGACAGCCGCCACCUGAGCCGCCUGCAGGAGUGCUCCCGCACCGUCAACGUGAUGGCCGCCAACGUGGUGGCCUCCACCAAGUCAGGCCAGGAGCAGAUCGAAGACAGAGACACCAUGGACUUCUCCGGCAUGUCCCUCAUCAAGCUGAAGAAGCAGGAGAUGGAGACCCAGGUUCGGGUCCUGGAGCUGGAGAAGACGCUGGAGGCGGAGCGUGUGCGGCUGGGGGAGCUUCGGAAGCAACACUACGCGCUGGCCGUGGGGGUGGGGACGCCCGGAGAGGAGGAGCCCGGCCAGCCCAGCCCUGCCCCGCACAGCGGGAGCUCCAGGAAGCCGCCCCUGGCCCAGAAGCCCAGUGUGGUCCCCAGGCAGGACCAUCAGCUGGACAAAAAGGAUGGCGUCUGCCCCACUCAACUCAUGAACUCCUAGAGGGUCCGGCGGGAGCCUGGCAGGCGGCCUGGCCUCGCGUGGCUACCGUGACUCGGCUAAGGAGGCAUUGAGGGCGCGGCACGCACACCAGGUGCCCGGGCUGCCCAUGGCCUGGAUCAGUGUCCGCGAGGCCCCGCCCUUGCUGAGCCCGUGGCUCUGGGCCAAGGGGCUGGCAGGGCAGUUCUGGACGUGAGUGUCUGCCAUGGGACCAAGAGCACCCGGCUCAGCAGGCCGGAGCCACGGUUCAGGAAAUACAGACAUUUGUAUGUUCGCAGCUA